AUGGGUUGUUGUACUUCUUCAUUUUUAGCUGAAACUCAUCCAGAAAGAGAUCAUAAAAAAACCCAUCUACAGCAGCAGCUUCACAAUCCAUCAGGUUCAACUGUACUUGACCCUGCAACAGGAGUCCCUUCUUUCUGUGAAUUCUCUUUCUCUGACCUCAAAACAGCUACCAAUAACUUCAGUUCUGAUAACAUAGUCUCUGAAAGUGGCGAAAAGGCACCUAAUCUUGUCUAUAAAGGCAGACUUCAAAACCGGAGGUGGAUCGCUGUAAAAAAGUUUACUAAGAUGGCCUGGCCUGAUCCUAAACAGUUUGCGGAGGAGGCAUGGGGGGUGGGGAAGUUGAGGCAUAAAAAGCUGGCUAAUUUGAUAGGGUAUUGCUGUGAUGGAGAUGAGAGGCUGCUUGUUGCUGAGUACAUGCCUAAUGAUACUCUAGCUAAGCAUUUAUUCCAUUGGGAAAAUCAAACCAUUGAAUGGGCAAUGCGUUUAAGAGUAGCCCUCUACAUUGCUGAAGCCUUAGAUUAUUGUAGUUCUGAGGGUCGUCCGUUAUACCAUGACUUGAAUGCCUACAGGGUUCUCUUUGAUGAGGAUGGUGAUCCCCGCCUUUCAUGUUUUGGCUUGAUGAAAAAUAGCAGAGAUGGGAAAAGUUACAGUACAAAUCUUGCUUACACUCCUCCAGAGUAUCUAAGGAAUGGAAGGGUCACGCCUGAAAGUGUUAUGUACAGCUUUGGCACUGUCCUGCUGGAUUUGCUUAGUGGAAAGCAUAUCCCUCCUAGUCAUGCUAUUGAUAUGAUAAGGGGCAAAAACAUCAUUCUCUUGAUGGAUUCACAUUUGGAAGGAAACUUUUCUACAGAAGAAGCAACUCUUGUUGUUGGGCUUGCUUCUCAAUGUUUGCAAUACGAACCUAGGGAGCGGCCUAGUACAAAGGACCUUGUUACAACACUAGCUCCACUGCAAAAGAAACCUGAUGUUCCAUCAUAUGUUAUGCUUGGGAUAUCAAAGCACGAGGAAGCCCCAGCAACUCCGCAGCGCCCCCUCUCACCAAUGGGUGAGGCUUGUUCACGGAUGGACCUUACAGCCAUUCAUCAGAUCUUGGUUAUGACACACUACAAAGAUGACGAGGGAACAAAUGAGUUAUCUUUCCAAGAGUGGACUCAACAGAUGAGAGAUAUGUUGGAAUCGAGGAAGCGAGGGGACUUUGCAUUCCGUGACAAAGAUUUUAAAACUGCCAUUGACUGUUAUUCUCAGUUCAUAGAUGUAGGAACCAUGGUUUCCCCUACUGUUUUUGCUCGGCGUAGUCUUUGUUAUCUCUUGUGUGAUCAACCAGAUGCUGCUCUUCGAGAUGCAAUGCAAGCACAGUGUGUUUAUCCAGAUUGGCCCACAGCCUUCUACAUGCAGUCAGUUGCCCUUGCUAAACUUGACAUGCACAAUGACGCUGCCGAUAUGUUGAAUGAAGCUGCUGCAUUAGAAGAAAAGAAACAACGAGGUGGAAAAGGAUCAUGA